AUGUCCAGAGAAUUAUUUGGUGGUGCUAUUUCCAUGUAUAUUCCUCCUUCCUUUGAGGAUGUCAGUAAUGUAAGAGACGUACCGGAUAACCAAGAAGUUUUCGCAGAUUUGAAUACAGAUCAAAGUAUUAUUGUUGAAAUACUACAAUUCGUUCAUCAAGCUUCAAAUGAAGAUGCCGCAAGGUAUCAUUUUGAAUCUGUUGCUAAUGAUAAUGAUGCAGAAGACUAUAGUACUAUACAUCAAAUUACUCAAUUAACCCCACAAGAAGUUCCAUCCCUUCCACCUGAUACACAAAUGUAUUUUUGUACAGGUAAACAAUCGGUAGCAAAGUUUAACGAAACCGAUCCAGAUGCUCCUAAAAGCAGUAGUCGUCAAACUUCUCAAGUAGAAAAUGUUCAAAUCGGUUUUA